ACUUAUGUGUUGACAUUUAAAUGCUGAUGUCACUAUAUUUAAUAAUGCAGCCAUAAAUGUUUAAAUACAUAAAUUCUUCCGAAGUUUAAAGAACGUGCAAACUUAUCAAACCAAAAAUCACCAUAUCCAAAUAACUCAAGUUGUUAAAAAAAAUGCUCAAUUACGAAUGACAAUUGACAUACACCUUCCACAGUGCCACCUCGAUACCAUUGCACAACAGAAAAAGGUACUUAACCCGACUGAAUAAUAAAUAUGAACUCUCAAGUUAGAUGAUGAGUUGACCCUCAAUCUAAAUCUUAUUAUUUGUUUGUCUUGUGUUAAUUCAAUUUAUUUCACCAUUAUAAAAAAAAAAAUCAACAACUAUACCAAACUUCAAACGAAUAUAAACAAUUAUAAUAAUCGAAAUCUAUCAUAUUGUCUAUAUAGAUAGAAUUACUUGUCAUAAGAAAAACGAAAGGACAACCACAUUCAAGUUCAUACGUUGGAUGUUCGAGUUUUGCUUAGUUUUUAAAUUGUUUGAAUCUAAGUAGGUGCAUAUCCAAUUACUCCUCUCUGCAAUAGUCAAAUGUGAGCCAGUUUGUUGUCUUACUUAGUACCUUCCCGUUUGAUAAAUAUAUAUAUGUCAUACUUUUACUUUGUUAUAUUAAUAUAAUAAUAAUUAGUAAUAGACGAUUCAAAUAUUUUGUUCAAAUACAUUUGUAUUGUAAAUAUUAAUUGAUAUUGGUGAUCAAGUAACUAACUUUUCCAAACUCAUCCAUCCAAUUAGUCUCUAUCCUAUAGGCUCAUUCACGUACAGUACAAUACGAAGGCAGGCAAAGAGAGCCUAAUUUCUAUCCCUAUAUAGAUCAACUUGGACUAUUGUGGACUUGGAACUUCUACUAUACUUGAUACAUAUCAUGUCACGUAGAUAAAGAUUAAGACCAAAGUUGCAUAUACUUUUCACAUACGCUGCAUGUGAAAGAGCUUUCAUUAUGGAUCCUUCCCUAACCAAUCAGGACGACCUAGUUGAACCUACGAAGAAGGAAACUAAGACUUUGCGCAAUGUUCGGUCCAUUACCAACAAAACUUUCGAUCACUAACUACGUAGUACGUACCCAUUUCACUAUAAAUAUCGUUGCUCCCUGCUCCCAGUUCUCCACACAAUAAUAACCACCAACAAAGCAAAAACAAGCCUUCCAACAAGAACAGACACUUAACCUAUCUAGCUGGAAACAAUGAAGGGAACGAGAACAAGUGCAAUGUUGCUACUAAUGGUUCUCCUCUCCAUUACUCUCUCCUCCGCCUCCGCGGCAAGAUCGCUGGCUGAAACCCUAGCCACGUCGUCGUCGCUGACCCCGCUUCCAGUCCUCGACGUGAACGGGAAAGUGGUCCGGUCGGGAUCCAACUACUACGUCCUGCCUGCCGUCAGCGGAGAAGGUGGCGGAGUGGCUCUGGCUAGCCUGACCAAAGAUUCGGAGAGCUGCCCGCAAACUGUGGUGCAGGACCAGGACGAGAUCUCUCAAGGUAUCCAGCUCACUUUUGGGCCCGUGAACACCAAGUCCGGCUACACGGUCCGUACUUUCACGGACCUGAACGUGCGGUUCGUGGCGGACACGCCGUGCGAGGAGGGAACGGUGUGGAAGGUGGAGGACUAUGACGACGAUGUGCAGCAGUGGUUCCUGGGGACGGGUGGUGUUGAAGGGAACCCUGGUCCGAGGACGGUCAAGAACUGGUUCAAGAUCUGGAAGUACGGGUCCAACUAUAAGCUGACGUAUUGUCCAGCGGUUUGCAAGUCGUGCAAGGUCGACUGCAAGGAUGUUGGGAUUUACGUGGAUGAGAAUGGUGGGAGGAGGUUGGCUCUGGUGGAAAAAGAUGGCGAUCCUUUUGUGAUCAAGUUCGUCAAGGCUGAUUAGUUGAAGAAAUUGAUGAUUUAUUAAGCAUCAUAUAUAAUUAAUUAAUAUAAGCUUUAUUCAUGUAUUUUUGAAAGUUUGGAAUAAGAGCUAUUCAUGCUCAAUAUAUGGGUUGUAAUGUUGUGUUUGUCUCGAUAUAGGAGGACUUGAAAUUGAUGUACUUCUAAGUUAAUAUUGUUCGUAGUUCAAAAUUUGAAAAUAAUGUAUCUCAAAUAUAAAGUUAUUCAAAAUCCAUUGUCUUUGAAGUUUUAUUUUUUCUGUAUUAAACACAACAACUCAUAAAUUAACUCGAGAAUGCAAGGUUUGCUUGAUCGUUUCUGUCACACGAGCUAGUUUCCUCGAGAAAAUGGUAGAAUUGAGAAGAAAGUUAAGAGAAUUAG